GUAAUAAGUGUAAAGACUUUGACAUGACGAGGAAUAUCUCUCACAGUCGGUGUUGCAGCCUUUGGUUUUCACAUUACUGACAGAAGAUGUGGACUUAUUGCUCAGCUUGAUCCCUCUGUGGAAGGAUUUGCUGUAUUUUGAGAAGUUUGAAGAAGUGAUGGCGGCAGCGAUCGGUCUCUCUGAGCAUUAGUGGCCUCACAGCUCAGGGAUGCUUUACUUGGCUCACACAGCUCACUGGCAGUUCCUGGCCCUCAUCGCCGGGUUCCUGGGCUGGAUCCUGACCAUGACCACGGCCGGCGUCGACGACUGGCGCCUAUGGCAGGUGGACAAUGUGUCUGUGAUCAACUCGGGCGUGGCCUGGGUGGGCAUCUGGAGGGCGUGUUUCCACAGUCAUGUCCUCCCCAAGAUGGAGAACUGUUGGAGCAUCAGCAUUUCCGACACCUUUGUUCCGGUGGAGAUCGUUGUGGCUCAGGUGUUGAUGAUGCUUGCAGUGAUUUGCGGCCUGGCCGGGAACAUGAUCGCUGCAGUAGCCGUGAGGAUGGUUUACUUCUCCGUGGAAAACCGCAGGAACAUCAGGCUGGCCUUCGCGGCAGGAGGCAUCCUGUAUUUGCUCACAGCGACGUUGUGUUUGGUGCCACUGGUGUGGAACAUGAAUUCGGUGCUGAACAACAGGACCAUAGACUUUCCCCCUAAGUUCCACCUGCCUGCUGCUCCUGUCAGCCAGGAGAUCGGCUCGGCCAUUGGAGUGGGAAUCUUCUCCUCCAUCUUGAUGCUUAUCAGCGGCCUGUUUUUCCUCUGCUACCGGUACACAUGGCGGUGUGUGAGCUCCAAGGCCUCCAGGGACCCGCUCCAUGGUCCCUGGACGGACACAACACUGCCACGGAACUCUGAAUUAUCCGAUGGAGACACCCUGGGCAUCGAUAAUCCUGGAUUCACCAAUGAGUAAAACUCAAAUCAACAACACAACUGACUUUAUAUCAAUUUUCCCCAUGAGAGAGACUUCAUCAGCUAUCUGAACACAAAGAUACACUUUAAGUCUAAUGCUUUGUUAUGCUAAUGAUUUGUUAUCAAAUUUAGGACUAUUAACUACAAUGUGGAAAUUUGCCAUUAUGCUACAUUCCUAAAAACACUGCUAGUUACAUGUUAAUGAAACUGAGACAUGAAAAUAAAACUAAAUCAUCCACAAUAUCAAACCAAUGCUUCAUUCUCUCCAAACUAGAAUCUGCAAAUUAAAAACUGUUUCAGGUACUACUAGGAAGACAAGAACAUAGCAGUGAUGGGGACAAAAUAAUCUCCUUGAUUGAAUUUUUAAUUGGCACAUAAAAGCAGGUAGGAGACUUAUCUUGAGAACUAUACAAGAAACCAUCUUUUAACCUGCAUUAAUUGUUCUCUGUGACCACUUGGUUGCAGCAGAAACAAACUGUAAAAACAACUUUGCUCUAUUUCUACCUUUAAAGCUAAUUUGGCUAAUCAGAUUCUGACAGAUGUGUCAGACCGGUCACCUGAUAAAAAGGACACAUCAGCACACGUCGGAUGACGCUCUGAAAAGACUGCAGUUGCAGUUGAAACAUGUCAGCUAAGGUAAAACCAUCUUAUCUUUGAUUUGUCGGUAAAAGAAAAAACGUUAUCCUAUGACAGUCAACGACAAAAAUGAACAUCAUCCAAAUAAUUUGGCUAAUGACUUAGCUAAUAGCUGCUUAUUAUCAGUUUCCUCUGGCAGAUGUAGAACAACAUCAGCAAUCGUGAAGUCGUAUUUCUGUCGACGUGAUGAACGUAAGUCUGAUUUAUAGUUGAGUUGUUUUGUUUUGGUCUCCACUAAAUCCUCAAAGGCAGCAGUUAGCCUGUUAGCUGCUACAUGCUCCACUGUGGUCGCUAAUUUAUAUUUUACACAUCCAGCAAAUGUGGCGCAACUUCAACGUUUAUUUGGAGUUUUGUUUAUGUCACAUCUAAUAAAUGUAAGCCUGUUAUUGAUGCUAAUUUUAACUUUGUUUCGUUUUUUACUAGUUCUAACUACUGUAGGAUGCUAGUUAGCUUUAGUUAGCUCUUUAGCUGCUACAUGCGUCACCAAGGUAACUUUCUGUCUGCAACUUCCUGCAACAGGAAUUGAAGCUGUAUAUUGAAGUUAAUCAGAAUACUAUUUAAUAAACUUUAUUUAUUUAGGACCUUUUAAAAACAAAGUACUUUACAAUAAAAAUAUAUGAUACAAUAUAGAUGAAAAGUUUUUCACGAUACAAUGUUUUAUUUGAGUCAGUGCUGAUAAUUAUUGAUAACAUUUAAUGCUCCAUUUUUAAUAGAUCCGCUGAAAUAAAGCUUUAUGCUCAAUUUAUCCACUUUAUUUUGGAUUUAACCCCUUUAGCCAAUUUUUCCAGGCACAUAGGUAAUAAUUUUAGUGUUCAAACAACAAGAAACAUACAAAUGAAUACAUGUGCACACAUACAGAGAAAUAAAUAAGGAUAAAGCAAUAAUCUCACAUUUAUGCACAUUAAAUAGUAUUCACAAUGUGAAGUAGGGCGAAGGAGCUAUUUUGGAACUAAACUUGGCAUUUUCAUUAUGUGUGUUCAAGAUGGUGUCAAAUGCAUUUUAGUGAAACUGUCAAACAUUCUGUCCAGUUAUUUUCUUAUUCCUGUCAAUGAAGUGUCCAUCUCUGGCACAUACUGCUGUCGUUUUAGUGCUGAGACCUAUGAUAAAGUAAUAAGAACCAGAAAUUAAUUUGUAACAAGAUAAAACUGUUUAAAUAAAUCAGUUAAAACCAAA